AUGUCCGUUGAUGAUAAUGGGAUUCAGAUUGCAAUCGUGGGCAUCGCUGCCGAACUUCCAAGCGGAGCACAUAGCACAACAAAUCUCGACUAUCAGUCUUUCUUCCAGUUCCUCCUCGAAAAACGCGAGGCCUAUGAAAAGAUACCUCCUGAAAGGUUCAACAUUGAGCAUCUCCGCGGUGAUGGACUCGGACACAUAGUAUCCGACACGGGUACAUUUCUUAAGGAUGUCCACCUCCUAGACUAUCUCGAGUUCGGGAUCACGAGCAAAGAUGCACGCUUUAUGCCACUCAGCACACGGCGUCUACUCGAGACAACGUUUCUUGCGCUGCUAGACUCUGGGAUCGACUACCGCGGGAGGAACGUAGGGUGCUAUAUGUCAGGUAUUGCCCACGAUAUGAUUACUGUUUCAGGACAUGCACGAGCCCUCUUUAUUUCUUUCCGUCCAAUCUCAAUAUUUAUUUCUCAGGAUGACGGUGAAGCGCGUGGAACAUUCGUUGGCGGCCCUGCGAUGGUCGCAAACCGCAUCUCGUAUCACCUUGACCUGCGAGGGCCAUCCGUUCCCGUUGACACUGCAUGUAGCUCAAGCUUGUAUGCGACUCACCUCGCAACGCAGGCUCUCCGCAACGAAGAAUGCGAAGCUGUCGUUGUGGGUGGAUGUCAGAUCAAUCACAGGUUUGCGGAGUGGUUAAUGUAUAGUCAGGGUGGAAUUUUAUCCCGUGACGGCAAGUGCAAGCCAUUCGAUGCAUCCGCAGAUGGCUUCGGGCGAGGAGAAGGCGUCGUAUCGAUUGUCUUGAAGCCGCUGGAUGCGGCGCUACGCGAUAACGAUCAUAUCUACGGAACGAUAUUGGGCACGAGAAUAAAUUCUUCCGGAUCCCUUGCUCCAGUCAAUGCGCCAGUCGCUUCUGCACAGCAAGAUGCAAUGAUGCGUGCAUUUUCUCAGGCUCAAAGGCGUCCCCACGAUGUUGAUUUCGUUGAACUGCAUGCUACAGGGACUGCUCAAGGUGAUCCAACUGAAGCGAACUGGGUCGGUGCCCAGUUCAAGCGAGACGAUGAAACAUUAGUGGGAAGUGUCAAAGGAAACGUCGGCCAUCUGGAAAUUACUGCGUUCCUCGCCUCCCUCUGCAAAGUUUGUUCCAUAUUUCGCACCAGUGUCGUCCCGCCCAACGUAAAUUUUCUACGUCCUAAUCCUGCCAUCAAUUGGGAAGAGCACAAACUGCGCGUUCCAAAGGACCCGGAGCUGCUUGUCUCUCGGAAUCCGUCGGGUCGUCUUCUGGUUGCGAUGGCCAGUUCUGGAAUCGGCGGAGCGAAUGGGCACUGUGUCGUUGAGGGCCCGCCAUCCACACGGAGAAUACCAUCGUCUUUGUGGCGAUCCAGCGCCCUCGGGCAGUCUUUAAUAAUUGCCGCUGGGCUGUCGCCUCGCUCUGUUACAGCCAUGGAAGACGAUCUAGAAGAGCUCAUUACGAAGGAGGAUGCUAAUAUUGUCUCACGAAUAUACGGUCGUAGGUCAAGGUCUUUGACAUGGCGCUCUUUCGCCAUUGCCCAGGGCAGUAAACUAUCCCGAUUUAGUGAGCCAAUGUUUGUCCCAAAGUCUGCACCUCCGGUUGUAUAUGUCUUCUCGGGGCAAGGUCCCCAACACUUCGACAUGGGGCGCGAUCUCUACAGAACAUCGGCCGUGUUUCGCGCGACGGUCGGGGAAAUGGACAACAUCUAUCGUAGCAUCAUGGGAUCGUCUCUGGUCGAUCAGACAGGCCUCUUUGAGGACGAAAAAUCCUCCAAUAAUUUAGGCAGCAUAUGGCCGAUAAAGGUCACCCUCCCGGCCUUAGCUAUGCUCCAAAUUGCUCUUGUUGACACGUUGUCGAGCUUGAACAUAAAACCCGAUGUUGUCAUCGGCCAUUCCGCAGGCGAUACCGCAGUAAUGUAUGCAUCUGGUACAUGGCCUGCAGCUCUGGCCAUGGAGGUUGCAAUAGCGAGAGGGAGGGCCAUGUCCUUGCUUGAAGAUCGUAACGGUGCGAUGGUUGCACUCGCAUGCUCUCCCCAGAAGGCCGAAGAAGUGAUAAAUGAAAUUCUCUCUGACGCAGGACCAGGACCUCUGUCCAUUGGGUGUUACAAUAGUCCUGAUGCUGUAACUCUCUCUGGAGCCAACUCUCAUCUCGAUCUCGCUGCGCCUCCGUACUUGUAUCCCGGUUCAGAUAUGAUGGAUCUUUGUCGGGAACAAUACGAGGUUUUAUUAGCGGAGGUCUUUGCAAGAUAUUCUCUCACAUAUCCGACAAUCGAGACGUAUUCCACGAUGACCGGUGCCUUGCACGAAUAUGCAUUCGAUGCGUCAUACUUCUGGGAUAGCGCGCGUAACCCGUCCACUUCGACAAAAGCUGCAUUAGGAUAUUUCGCCAAAAUGGCCUCCACAGCAGAUGUCCUCGAGUUCGGUGCAAGAAAGCUCUGGAAUGUCGAAUUCGUUUCUUUCCUCGCACUCUCAUCUGAACGUCCUACCCCUGUUCACGUUGGACUUGAGGGUCCGCGAUGGACAGUGCAGAGCGCGUCGCCAAUGGCGUCGCCAAUGAAUUUCGCAAACGACUGGCCACCAAAAUACGACCGUCUUCAUGCAAGGGGAUACAUGUCGAAAACGUAUGAAGCUGAGGAUGAGCGACCACCUGUGAAUCUCGUUGACCUUCGUAAGCGACUCAAACCUGUCGACAUGAAAGAUUUCUAUGACGGAUUCACGAGCUUCGCCUCAUAUGGUCCUGUGUAUCAAAGAGUGGUCGCGUGCAGCCGAGGUAUGGAUACAUCUGAACGGGAAGAAUUUUUGAUGCAGGUGAGAGGUGCUGAGGAUGAUCUUCAGAACGUGGAUCGAUACCACAUACACCCAGCCAUACUAGACGCUGCGCUGCAUGGCUUGGUUCAUCCUGCACUUACUGGACACAAGAAUGAUCCUCGAUACUUUCUUCCGUCCAAGACGGCUGCAUUCAUUUUUCACGAUGCGUUGGUCAAAAGGCCAUUCCCACGGAUCGUCUACACUUAUUUCACCAUUACAAAGUGGGCUCCAGAGUCUGUUGCUUGUGACGUCAUAUUGUUGGAUGAAGAGGGUACGCGGCUGUGCACCUUCGACAGGUUUGAGAAAGCUCGACAUGGCCAAUUCGCCGGAGAAGUGAAGCGCCGAUAUGAACUUAAACAUCACCCUACCAGCCUCACAAUACCGCGCCGAGACACUGACAGCAAGACCAUCAUCAGUUCGGGCAGUGAUUGCUUCUUAGAUACUCCCGCGUUGCUUCGAUGGAAAACUCGCGGGCGAACUGUCUCUCGAGGAAACAUGUCCGACAGCGGAUACAGCACCUUCUCUGAUACAGAUUCAAAUAUGUCAUCUCACAGCGCCGUGUCGUAUCUUCUGUUCCAGUACGUCAGGGGCAGGGAGAUGAAAUUAAAACCCCUCAUUACUGCCCUGGAUCCGCUAGACAAACUUAAAAUCUGGUUCACUGCGUCUGCGGGAUUAGAUGGCGAUGCUGGUAUUGGAUUUACCAAGUCUCUGAGAAGAGAAUAUCGGAAUUGGGUCAUCAGAAUGGUUGUGUUUGAGGCUUCCUGGACUGCAGAGGAGCGAAAAGAGGCUAUCAAGUAUUUGUCUUUGCAUUCCGAGUGCGAAGUCGAGAUUAUGGUCGACUCUCGCAGAUCUGUUUUUGCGCCGCGAAUCGUCAUGGCGAUGCCGCCCCUUUCAAAGCCUGCUUUUCGCGUAGAUUCCCCUUGGAUCUUUGAUCAGUCUUCCGUCAAGCAGACUGUACUACCCUACAUCCUAGGAGGAUCGAUUCUUAUCCAUGUCGAUCGCUUAGCGAGGGGUCCUGGUCAGUUGUGGACAUACUUUGGGAGCACGGAACAUGUCGCUGGUACAGUUAUUGGUAUCGCAUCGGGGCCGAUCUCCAAUUUUGUGCUCUCUCGCAAGGAGAGCUUGGUCGAGCAUCCUCAUUCUACAAUGUCGAAGUCCACGCCUCCCCUUCUUGCAAUUACAAUCGCCGCUCUUGCUCUCGGGCCCGGAACCUUCUCUCAGCCGGAGCGCCUCUUUGGCGAAGCUAUCCUUGUGACGGACGUAGACACCAAGCUAGGGAGUCAGAUUGCCAGCAUAUAUGUAGAGAGGGGGUUCAGUGUUCUUACAUUGCCAGCCAACAUCAGAUUCCCGGAUCUCCUCGCCCUGCCUCGACGGCCUCGAUUCAUAAUCUCCGGAUCGGAAGAUAUAGUGAUGGUCCAGAUGCUGAGAGAUUUGGUAUCCGGAUUUGGCAAGAUCUUCUUGUGGAACGACGGUGACACGGGUGUUGCGGGGAUCCUGAACACUGACCCAUGGGUCGUCGCGGAUGCUCUCAAAUGCGGGAUUUCCGUGGCUACAUCAAACGAAAAGUUCCGUUCUCCACAUGAACUACUGGGCGAAGUUCCGAUGCCCUUUAGAAUCCCGCUAACUGAUGGUGCUUUUGAUCCAAAGAAAUCAUAUCUCCAUGUCGGUGGUAUUGGAAGUCUUGGCUUCCGAAUCGCGCUAUGGAUGUAUGAGAAAGGCGCAAGGGAGAUAGUCUUAACGUCAAGGUCCGGGCGCGAAAGUACCCUCAGAAGAGAUGAGUUUGUCUGCCAGCGCGUAAUGGUUUACCUGGAGAGUUUGCCCGAUCUCGUUCUGAGAGUGGAGGCGGUAGACGCUUUAUCUACCGAGGAGAUGAAGCAGCUCGUCGGUAAUCUUGGGCGUCCGCUGGGAGGCUGCAUGGUUCUUACUGCAAUCCUCAUUGAUCGCACGUUUGCCUCGCAGACGCCCGAGACAUUUGAAGCGCCCAUCACAGCCAAGGUCAAUGUCCUGAGGAACAUCGAGAAAGUAAUCUCAAUUGCUUCCUUGGACUUCCUGAUCGCUUUUUCGUCAGUGUGUGGAUUGUUCGGCAAUGCAUGUCAGACAAACUAUGCGUGUGCGAAUACCGCUUUGACAGGUCUUUUGCGGAAAUACGAGAAUGCAACAACGGUUGCUGUACCAUUCAUCUUUGACGCUUGUUAUCAGAUCUAUAUCUCAUCAUCAGACACUUUGCGAUGGACGCGAAUGAAACACCUUAUGAGCUGGAGUAUGUCGAGCAUAGAACUAUGUGGUUACAUUGAGGACAGUAUUAGAAAGCUGCGCGAAGGUCCCAUCUGGCAGUACAUUCCGGAUCUUGACUGGAAUCUCGUACGAGCAGAUCUUGGGCCAUCCUCAAUGUACGAUGACCUAUGUAUAUCGGAUGGUUCAUUCACGGAAGCUACAUCAGCAGAUCAAACAGGAAGCAGCUUACGCGAGAUCGUAUGUAAAACACUCGAUGUCGCUCCUAAGGACCUUGCUGUAGAUGUUACCCUGACAUCUUAUGGCUUGGACUCCCUCACAGCCGCAUCACUCUCCUACGCGUUGAGCUCCUCCGUAGCUGUGUCGCAGAUACAACUUCUCGCGGACUUGACAUUGGGUGACCUCGAGCGUCGAGUGGAGGAAGCGGGUCAAGCUGGCGCAUGUGGUACAACCGAAGAGUCCGCAGACAUAGACCACGAUCGCUUCCAAACGAAGGUCGUUGAGAUGCUCGAUAUGGUUGACACCUACACCACAGGCCUUCCUGGACGCCCCUCCGUUGAUGCAAGCCUAGCCGAGUGUCGCAAGACGGUUCUCAUCACCGGCACGACCGGCAGCCUUGGUGUUCAUAUGCUCGCCCAUCUUUUGCAGUCAGGCGAAAGUGAGAAACUUUAUGCCCUGGAUAGGAAACGGGUUGGCGUCUCUAGUAUGAGUAGACAAAUCAAUGCCUUUACGGCGCGGGCAUUGGAUUGCUCCCUGUUAAUCACCAAACGACUCGUUCUUUUAGACGGUGAUCUAGCUAAACCUUUGCUUGGAUUGGAAGCAUCUGAAUACGAGGAGCUUCGAGCAUCGAUCACUCAUACUGUGCACCUCGCGUGGCCAAUCGACCUUACAUCUUCCCUGGCGGCAUUCGAGCCAUCAAUACAUGGUCUCCGACGACUUAUCGACUUGUCUUCGUGUGCUUCAAUUCACGCACCAGUCAAACUGAUAUUCGCAAGUAGUACAGGACUAUACCGGAAAAAAUUUAUUGAUGAUCCAAUAGUCGCGAUUGACUCAGGAUACACAGAAUCCAAAUGGGUUUCGGAGCAGGUCCUUGCAGUAGCCAUGAAGCAGAAUCUAGUCCACCCUAUUAUUGUACGGAUCUCGCAGCUAUGCGGUGGUCAAAACGGCGCAUGGAAAAUGACAGAAUGGGUGCCAUGCCUCGUCGCUGCGAGCUACGCUAUGGGUUGUUUGCCGGAUGCGGUCGGAAACGUGUCUUGGAUGCCAGUGGACAUCGCCGCCGCCGCACUGGUCGAGAUGCUUGACUCUUCUUGCCCUGUUCUGCAUCUGCGUCAUCCACUGCCCGUGCAGUGGUCGUGUAUAAUGGGUCAUUUUUCCUCCAUGCUGUGCCUACCGCUCGUACCAUACGCAGAAUGGGUUUUAAAACUGGAGCGGAGCAUGGCUGAUGCAGAAAAAGCGCGGUCGCCGCUCUUACAAUCUGCCAUCCGUCUGCUGGAGGUUCUCCGUGCCGGGAGUGACCCGGACUGUCAGAACCGUGCGGGCGGCGAGAUAGGGGGUGGGAAGCCAAUCGUAGUCGAGCUCGAGGAAGCGCAGAAUGCAAGCAAGACACUGAGGGAAUACAUACAGCAGCCGGGUGAGGAGGACGCGAGGCGGACUGAACUUAAUGUUAGAUUUGGACAGUCGCAGAAACAGCUUCAUUAUUCACACAUUGGUUUCGUGGUAGCAUUGAAACUUUGCAUGAUGUUCCUCAGUAAGACGGACGGAAAUAAUAAAUUGGAGUGA